AUGGCACCGUACGAAAUGCUCUAUGGUAGGAAAUGCCAGACCCCGGUAUGUUGGGGUGAAGUGGGUCCACGUGAACUUGCCCACCAAGAUAUAGUACGAGCCACUAAUGAAAAGAUUGAUGUGGUUCGGGCUCACUUGAAAGCGGCUCAAGAUAGACAAAAUUCGUAUGCUGACAAAAGGAGGAGACCAAUCGAGUUCCAGGUUGGCGAUAAAGUCAUGCUCAAGGUAUCCCCAUGGAAGGGGGUUAUCCGGUUUAGGAAGAGAGGGAAAUUGAGCCCAAGAUUUAUCGGGCCGUUUACGAUUGUUGAACGGGUAGGAAAGGUAGCUUACCGCCUUGAACUACCGGAAGAAUUAAGCCGAAUUCAUAGCACAUUUCAUGUGUCACACCUUCGGAAAUGUUUAGCGGAUGAGACAACUUAUAUCCACUACGACGACAUCCAGGUGGAUGACAGACUAAACUACGUGGUAAAGCCCAUUGCGAUUUUGGAUCGUAAGGUAAAAACCUUAAGAAACAAGGAGAUCAACCAAGUGAAGGUCAAGUGGGAACAUAGAAAGGGUUCGAAUACCACGUGGGAGUCCGAGUAG